AUGGCCGAACGAAGUAAACCAAACACAAUACCUAACAAUGAACUGGUGACUCGCUAUCCCAGUAAACCAAACACAAUACCUAACAAUGAACUGGUGACUCGCUAUCCCAGUAAACCAAACACAAAACCUAACAAUGAACUGGUGACUCGCUAUCCCAGUAAACCAAACACAAUACCUAACAAUGAACUGGUGACUCGCUAUCCCAGUAAACCAAACACAAAACCUAUAUCUAACAAUGAACUGGUGACUCGCUAUCCCAGUAAACCAAACACAAAACCUAACAAUGAACUGGUGACUCGCUAUCCCGGUAAACCAAACACAAUACCUAACAAUGAACUGGUGACUCGCUAUCGCGGUAAACCAAACACAAUACCUAACAAUGAACUGGUGACUCGCUAUCCCAGUAAACCAAACACAAUACCUAACAAUGAACUGGUGACUCGCUAUCCCAGUAAACCAAACACAAUACCUAACAAUGAACUGGUGACUCGCUAUCCCAGUAAACCAAACACAAUACCUAACAAUGAACUGGUGACUCGCUAUCCCAGUAAACCAAACACAAUACCUAACAAUGAACUGGUGACUCGCUAUCCCAGUAAACCAAACACAAAACCUAUAUCUAACAAUGAACUGGUGACUCGCUAUCCCAGUAAACCAAACACAAUACCUAACAAUGAACUGGUGACUCGCUAUCCCAGUAAACCAAACACAAAACCUAUAUCUAACAAUGAACUGGUGACUCGCUAUCCCAGUAAACCAAACACAACACCUAACAAUGAACUGGUGACUCGCUAUCCCAGUAAACCAAACACAAUAUCUAACAAUGAACUGGUGACUCGCUAUCCCAGUAAACCAAACACAAUACCUAACAAUGAACUGGUGACUCGCUAUCCCAGUAAACCAAACACAAAACCUAACAAUGAACUGGUGACUCGCUAUCCCAGUAAACCAAACACAAUACCUAACAAUGAACUGGUGACUCGCUAUCCCAGUAAACCAAACACAAUACCUAACAAUGAACUGGUGACUCGCUAUCCCAGUAAACCAAACACAAUACCUAACAAUGAACUGGUGACUCGCUAUCCCAGUAAACCAAAACACAAAACCUAA